GUGGCACCGUUAGUCCGUAGUCCGUGUCUGUAGUCACGGGCAGCGAGUAAACAUGGCUGGCAAGACACAGGCUGAUAGUGCACCUACUAUAUUGCAAAUUUUCAAGACUAUGGAGUACGGACCAGCCCGAGAGGAUGACAAAAUAGCUAAGGAAUGGCUGAAUGAUCAUGACCGCAAGUUUGGUCAUUUCAUCAACAACAAAUGGGUGAUACCCGAAGGCCGGCAGACAUUUGAGACGAAGGACCCGUGUGGUGGCAAUGUGUUGGCUACCACCAUUCAGGGCACACAGGAGGAUGUGAACCUGGCUGUAGGGGCUGCCAAUGAAGCCUACAAGUCAUGGAGUGCCCUCUCUGCACACAGCCGUGCCAGAUACCUUUAUAGCAUUGCACGUCAUGUCCAGAAGCAUUCUCGCUUGCUGGCAGUGGUGGAGGCCUUGGACAAUGGCAAGACUAUGAGGGAGGCAUGGGACUGUGAUAUUCCCUUGAUGACCAGACACCUUUACUAUCAUGCUGGAUGGGCUCAGCUGGUAAACACACAGAUGGUUGGCUGGGAUAGUGUGGGCGUGGUUGGUGCUAUUGUGUCAUGGAACUUUCCUCUGACUCUGCUGGCCUGGAAGGUGUGUCCAGCUCUUGCUAUGGGCAACACUGUUGUCUUCAAGCCUGCCAACAACACCAGUCUCUCAGCCCUCCUUUUUGCUGAGAUCUGUGCUGAGGCAGGGUUACCAGCAGGAGUGUUCAAUGUGAUCACUGGUGGCAGUGCUGUGGAGACCAUGCUGGCAUCUCACUCUGAGGUGGACAAAGUGUCCUUUGCAGGGUCAACAGAAGUUGGGCAAGACUUGCGGAGACUCACUGCUGGUAGUGGCAAAAAACUUUCCUUAGAGCUUGGAGGAAAGAGUCCUGUGAUUGUGUUUGAAUCUGCUGACCUUGACUCAGCUGUGGAAGGUGUAGUAGAUGCCAUUUGGUUCAAUCAGGGGCAGGUGUGCACGGCUGGGUCCCGUCUGCUGGUUCAGGAGCCGGUGUUUGACACAUUCAUUGGGAAGCUAAAGCAGCGCAUGAGGACGCUUCGUGUGGGACCUUCCCUUGACAAGGUGAUGGACAUGGGAGGUCUGGUAGAUCCAAGUCACGUGAAGGACAUUGACAAGUGUGUGGAUGAAGCACGGCAAGAAGGGGCAGAGGUGUUUCAGAUUGAGGCUCCACCUGGCAGCUACUACCCCCUGACCCUCAUUACUGGGGUAGGAACUGCUUCCCGGUGUGUAAUGGAUGCCAUCUUUGGCCCGGUUCUGGUGGCCUUGCCCUUCAGGACAGCCAAAGAGGCCAUUUCUCUUGCCAACAACACCAUAUAUGGCCUGGGUGCAUCUGUCUUUACUGAGCAAAUUACUCUUGGCAUUGAAGUGGCAAAAAUGGUCAAAGCUGGUGCUGUGUGGAUUAACUGCCACAACAUAUUUGACGCAGCUGCUGGGUUUGGCGGCUGCAAGCAGAGUGGCUAUGGCAGGGAUGGCGGCAAGGAAGGAUUGUUUGAGUAUGUGAAGCCUGUCUGGCAAGAUUCCCACAAGUUUACACCACCAAAAAUAGACUUUGCCAAGUUUGGAGCAGCGUACAGUGCUGGCCGACCUUCCAUCACACCAGCCACUCCUCAGAUUGUAAGUGCUGAGGAAACAUUGCCCCGAGUUGACCAAACCUACAAGUUGUACUAUGGAGGUGCUCAGAAACGUCCAGAUGGGAACUACAACCGUGUGAUCCUGAAUACUGAGAAAAAAGCCUUUGCAUUAGUUGGAGAGAGUAACAGGAAGGAUGUGCGGAAUGCAGUGGAGGCAGCUGGCAAGGCUCAGCCAGGCUGGGACAAACGGACUGGAUUUAACCGUUCCCAGAUCCUUUUCUACUGGGCAGAGAACCUGGAGCAGCGCCGACAAGAGCUUAUGGACCACUUGGUGGCAGUGACAGGCCAGAAUGUGGAGCAGGCUGGUAGGGAGGUGGAUGCUUCUGUGAUCAGGCUCUUCCACUGGGCAGCACUGUGUGAUAAGUAUGGAGGCAGUGUACAGGAGACCCAGCUCUAUGGCACAGUGUUGAGGGUGAACGAGCCAAUGGGGGUCGUGGGAGUGGCCUGCCCUGAUGAGGCUCCCUUGCUGGCCUUUGUGUCUCUGGUGGCCCCAGCAGUGGCCCGAGGGAAUGCUGUAGUCGUGGUGCCCAGUGAGAAGUAUCCAACUGUAUCUCUCUCUCUCUAUCAGGUGCUGGAAACUUCAGACUUACCUGGUGGUGUAGUCAACAUCCUCACUGGUAACCGUGAUCACCUCACCAAGUACCUGACUGAGCACCAUGACGUCCAGGCCAUGUGGUACUUUGGCUCCCUGGAAGGGUCUACCUUUGUGGAACACACUUCAGCUGUUAAUGUCAAGAGGACAUGGGUAAACUAUGGCCUUCAGCGAGACUGGUUCAGCCGAGAGGAAGGAGAGGGGGAGGAAUUCCUGUACCAUGCAACACAGGUCAAGAACAUCUGGCUCACUAUGGGGGAUAUCUUUGCCAACUAAUGUGCUCAAAUAUUUAUAGACCAUCCAUGUUGUUAGAUAUAAGAAAAAAAUCCUCUCAUGAAAUGAUAAACUGGUGGGCAUCCUCAUACAUAUUUUGAGUGUCACAGAAAAAGAGAGCAAAAAGAAAAAGUUUUCAUUAAGGUAUUACGGGCAUAGCAACUGACAACAGCAAUUGAUGUGAUUCAGUUACACACUGCCAAAGUGAUAAUCAUCAAGGCAAGUAUUUAGUGCCAUAGUGACAUUUAUUGUCACAUUAUAUUGCUAAGGAGAUUAUGGGAAAUAGUUUUUAAAUCCUAGUUUUUGUGUGGGAUCAAUGCAUGUACAGCAUUCAUAUAGUGCCAGCUGAACUAAAAAAUUAAAGGUGGCUACAAUUUGUCUCCCAGUUAUUGAUGAAUAGUAUUAAACUAAAGUCAUUACUUUAGUUGAUAUGCAUACAUAAUUUGAUUCAGGUUAAUAAUUAAUAAGCAUACAUGUUCUGGUAGAUUUUUGCAAAAUUAGUCUAAUUCAUAACAAAAAAUUUUAAAAAUGUGUUCUUUAUAUAUAUAAGUAAUGAUUAGGAAAAAUAUUUAAAAUACACAUUUCAAGUAAAGAACUAAGUUUCUAAAUUUGUGAAUUUAAAAUCAAUUAACAUAAAACAGUAUCCUUUUACUGCCAUGUCCCACUGUUGGUUACUAAAAUGCAUAAUUUAAUAUGAUGUACUGGUUCAUUCAUACCCAUUAAACAUCAGAAACCUUCAAGUGGCAUAAUGAUACACACCAUCUGAACUAUGUCAACUCAGUUUCCAAUUAAGCAACAUCUGUAAUGCACACUUGUUCACACUGUUCAAAAUACUUUUUUAGAUAACUGUUUGCAGCAGAGUGGAGUGACAGUGACAUUUAUCAAAAGUACAAGUGAACCUUCAAUGGAGUUUUAAUGCAUCACACCAUAGUAAGCUUUUUACUACUGCUGUCUGUAAUUGUUUUUGUACAAUGUAAGAGCUAUAAUGCUUAAAUUUGUUGCAGUAUGUUGAAUAAACUACUUAUAUUUGAAAAAAAAAA